UCUGGUCACAUUGUGAUGCAGCCCUGUCUUAUUUGGGGAAAAAAUUAAGAGGGAGCAGCAGCGGAGACGGGCGAUAAAUUAAUUAGCCACUGCUACCACAUAACCCAGGGUGCGGAAACCUGACGCUACCUUCCAAGCACACUAUAGGCACCAUAGCACCUAGGAUCCCAACUUCCAGCCAGGUCAAGAUUCUGUGACCACAUCGGAGCAGUGACGAUGGCGGAACUGGUCAGGGAUUGGCUGGCGGACUACCAGCGGACGCGGGGCCAACCCGCCGAGGCGGAGGCCUUUGUGGUGGAGCACGAAACUGACCCCGAAAUCGCCGAGGCCAUUUUCACUAUCUUCAACGAGCGACAGCGCAAUGAAUCCAUGGUGCACGACAUCUGCCAGCAACUACUGGCGUUCUACCGCUCGCCGGAGCUGACCCUCCACAAGUUCCCGCUGCAGUUCAUCCCGGUGCUCGUGUACACAUACCUACACUCGGUGGCCGGCGGCGAUAAGAAGGCCGCCCGUGGCGUGGAGACUCUACUCAUCUGCAUUUACAACGGCGAAGUGUCCACCGAUGACGGCGGGCAGCGGGUGGUGGCCUUCCGCAUGCCUAUCCUGGCCCAGACCUCCGUCUACCAUGAGGUCAAGAACCUGCCCAUGACCGAUCUGCGUCGCUGGGAGGAGAACUGCAACCGGGAGGUCAAGUGGGGGCCGCACCAGCGCAUCGAGUCGAUCCAUGCCCAGAAUCGCAUGCGCAUCCUUACGGCGCUGCUGUUCUGCUACAACCAGCAGGUCAGCCAGACGCAGAAGUCCUCGCUGCUCCACUUGUGUCGCGUCACGUCGCAGCUGGUGAAUCAAGGAUUCACCACAAAGUCGGGUCACGGGCAUCGCAUGAGUUACGGUUCCGAUCCUGCGACGGGAGCCACCUUUCCCAAGCCCUCCUCACCGCGCAUUCCACUGUCCGCCUCCUUCCUGAUCGAACUGGUGCAUGCCAUUUACUUUGCCAUGUUCAAUGGCUAUGGCACGAUAGCUAUACAAACGCUGGACGACAUCCACAACCGGGCCAUUUACGAGAUGUACACGGAACUGAUCCUGGUGACCAGUGCGGUGCGCAACUCGCUGCACGCCAAUCCUUCCGGGCAGCCCAACGACGGACCCAUGGGUCUGAGUGUGGCCUUGACGCCGUCCACCAACACGGUGACCACGUCGGUGUCCAAGUCCAUGAUCACGAACGCCUCCUUCCGCACGAAAAAGCUGCCCGACGACAUACCCAUCCAGGUGCAGGACCUCACCAUGCAGCAGGCGCCUCAACAGCUGGCCAGCGUGACUGAGGAGACGGAGCCGGGCUCCAAGGAGUCGCCCUCGACGAAGGAGAGUUCCGGCACGCGCACCUCCAUCAUGCGGCCCAGCAUGGAGGGCAUAAAGGCGCAGGCACACAAGGCCCUAAUUGCGGGCUUCAAGAAGUCCAAGGACAAGGAGAAAGAGAAGGACAAGGAGCCGCCGAAGCCACCGCAGCGCAAGUUCGACAAGCACCCGCAGCGCAACUCGCUGCUGCAGCUGCAGGCGGAGGCGAGUUCCAGCACCAGCUCCCAGCUGGCCAAUUCCAGUGCGGAUGCAGUGCCGCAACCCACCGGCGAAGUGCUGCCCCUGCAGACGCUCUCGCUGAUCAACGAGAACGGCAGCAACAGCUUCAGCGUGGACAGCGACCUCAACGACGGCAUGAAUGCGAAUGCCAACACAUCUCUGCCCCCGCUGAGCAGCACCACCAAUUCGGUGACCAGCAGCGACCUGCUCACCAAGAGCUUCGACUCGAGCAUCGAACUGGCGCCGCUGGGACACAGCAGCAGCAAUGGUGGCAAGCUGGCCGAGCACAGCCUGGCGGAGUAGUGCAAUCGAUCGCCUCGUUCCAAAGGCGAUUAGCCAAAUCGUAAAGUAUCAAGUAUAUAUAUAUUUAAAACCUUAACUAGGGUGGGAGGAGUUUAUACGAAAACGAUCAAGUGUAAGGGCAGUCACUAUCUUUGGAAAAUUCUUGUCUACUUUCAAUUUUUUUUAAUAUAAAGAGAAAAACUCGUUUUUGGGAUAUGUGCAAUAUUUACCUUGCAUUUUAGCCUGUCCUCAAAGCAGAUUUACUGAGAAUGAUCCAAAGAUAACCUGCCACCUUCAUGACCUAAAAAUCCACCCACCCUGCUCUAUAUAUAUCCGCCACCUAAACCGCUGUGUAUUAGCCGAACAAAACCGUGGCGCGAGGGAAGAUGGAGAUUUGAAUUUAUGGAUUAAGGAUCGUUUGAAUUUGUUGAAUUUGAUGGGUUUUCUUAGUUGUUCGAGUGUAUUAUUGUAUUCCAAAUCCAAUUGUUGGUUAUAUAUAUAUAUUAAGUGUUGCUAGGAAGUCACACGAAUUAUUAUAUACAAAUUGUAUACACGCUGAGCCCUCGGUAGACAUCGUUUGCAAAUGCCUCAGUCAGAGGGAGAUUAUGUGUUCCAUUUUCGGGGAACAGAACGUACACAUCCCGGUGCAUUUCACUUGUUUUUAGGUAUGAACAGCAUGAUGACGCUCACACAUUCGAUAUCUACUCGACUUUCAGCCAGAGUUGCAGAGUUGGGUCCACAGGCAAUUUCAAUUGAAUUUUACAGAAACCUCUUAGUUUUGUCACUUAUUAGCAUAUACAUGUGUAAACUAAUAUUACAUACAAAUAUUUAUUGAACGUUGACUUGAACCAUGUUAUUGAUUUAAAAUAAAUACAACAACUAAAUACGUAA